CCCAAGGCGCAGCGGCCCGGCCCCGCGGCCCCGUGAUGGGCUCCUGCGUGUCGCGAGAUUUGCUCACAAGUGCCCACAAGGAGUGCCCCAUGCCCCAGGGCACGGCCCCCCUGAACCCAGACGUGCCCUCCAGCCGCACACCCAUCGUGGCUCCAGACCACGUCACUGGCAAGGACAAACAGAUGGAUUUCUGUUGGGAUCCUUGGCAGAGGUGCUUCCAGACCACCAACGGCUACCUGUCUGACUCCAGAUCCUGUUCCAGCAACUACAACGUGGCAGCCCUGGCCACCUCGUCCCUUGUGGGAGUGGUGCAGAGCAUCAAGGACCACAUCACAAAGCCCACGGCCAUGGCACGUGGCCGCGUGGCCCACCUCAUCGAGUGGAAGGGCUGGAGUGCCCAGCGGUCAGGCUGGGAGCUGUCCCCAGCUGAGGACGAGCAUUACUGCUGCCUCCCAGACGAGCUGCGCGAGGCCCGCUUCGCCGCAGGGGUGGCCGAGCAGUUUGCCAUCACGGAGGCCACACUGAGCGCCUGGUCCUCGCUGGACGACGAGGACCUGCACCCGGAGAACAGCCCCCAGGACAUCAUCCAGCUGCAGGACCUGGAGAGCAUCUACCUUCAGGACGGUCUCCUAAGUGUCCCCUCUCAGGAUGACAGUCUUCUGGCCUUCUCCUCCCCCGGCCUCUCCCCCGAUGGCUGGCCCUCACCGGAUGAGCCCUCCACCACAGCCUCCGGCCCACAGCCCCCCAGCCCUGAACAGCAGCACCGGCAGCGCCUACCGGGAGCCCCGGGGCCUGAGGGUGGGGCCCGCCUGCAGGGCUCCCUCCCCUCGGUGGACAGCGGCUCCCUCUGGGAGGAGGACGAGGUGUUCUAUAACUGA